UAGCUGUUCAUCGCGCACCACAACGACCUCGACCUCGACCUCGACGCGUACCUCCAUAUCUAAGCCCUAUCUGGAGCAACUUACCGUCGACGGUCUGGGCCCGGUGUACGAGAUCGGGCGUGUCUUCUGCAACGAGGACCUCGAUCUGACGCACAGCCUCCGAGUUCUCGGUCUGCGAGGACAUGUACGACGUCAUGGACAUCACCGAGAGCCUGAUCGAGGGUGCUGUGAAGCACCUCACUGGCAGGAAGACGACGCUGGCGUUCUACCUCGAGGGCAGGGGCAGCAGGAAGCAUAAGACCGGCUGCAACGAACCCCGGACGAAUGCCAGCUUGUCGACGAGUUUAUUGAGCCUCUGCAUCUCCCCCGCCUUUAUCGUCGGUCACCCGCAGGUCAUGUCGCCAUUCGCCAAGUACCACCAGUUGGACGAUCCAUUUGAGCAAUGGCUGCGAUUCAAGGAGCGGGCAAUGCAGAAGGGACAGGACGACGGCGGGGCGCAGGGUAUUGAUGAGACGUUUGUUGACGCCGGGCGGGUGGACAUCGGUACUGACCGUCCGUUGACUUUCCUGGCCGAUCCUUCCAAUAUCAGGGAGGUCCUGUCGGACCCUCUGGACAAGUUCUUCUCGGUCUUCUCGCACACGCUGGGCGGCUGGGAGGGGACGAGCCUCUCCAGCCUGGAGGAAGACACUUCUCUCCUCGUGGACCCCCAGGCUCGCCCCGACGACAUUCUCCUCUCAUCCAUGACGUCCUUCGAGAUCCACGCCAUCACGCUCACCAAUGUACCGGCAGCAGGCACUGAUAUUUUCCACUACUUCACCCCUACCCAAGCACCUGCAGCUAGGCAUGAUAGACGACGAGGCCACGCUCCGCACGUUAUUCUCAUGAUCCCGAUAGCGCUCUCAGCGCUCGUAUGGCUCGAUCUCGACGGCUUUACGUGGAAUAAACGCGACACUGAACAUUAG